UUUUCUUAAUUUAGAAAAAAAUGUCGAGGAAGAGAAAGUACAGCGAAGAUGACGACGAAGACGACACCUUUUACUACCGAUACUCCUCCGCACCAUCACCGGCGCCGUCGUCGUCUUCCGUCACAUCCAAAAACGUUUCCAUUUCAAAAUCCUCUCACGGCGGCGGCGGCGGAAUCAGCGGCAGCGGUGGACUAGCUCCAUCAAAAUCAACAGUUUACGUGAGUAAUCUCGAUUAUACCUUGACAAAUUCCGAUCUCCAUACAAUCUUCUCCAAUUUCGGCAAGGUUGCAAAGGUAACUGUAGUUAAAGAUCGAGUCACUCGAAAGAGCCGUGGGGUAGCAUUCGUCCUUUUCAUUUCUAGAGAAGAUGCAAUUAAAGCUGUGAAAGGAAUUGAUAAAAAAUUACUGAAUGGACGAACCCUAACUGCGUCAAUUGCUUCUGAUAAUGGCCGUGCAGCUGAAUUUAUUAGGAAGAAGGUUUAUAAGGAUAAAAGUAGGUGUUAUGAAUGUGGGGAAGAAGGGCAUUUAUCGUAUGAGUGUCCGAAGAAUCUGUUUGGGCCAAGGGAAAGGCCUGAGCCACCGAAGAAAGGGCGGAGGGGUGGUGGUGGUGGUGGAGGAAAGAGGGGUGAUGAGGGUAAGGGUGGAGAGUGGGAGGAUGACGAGGAGGAGGACGAGGCGGAUGAUGAAGGAGGAGCUCGUUUUGCUGACGAUAAUUGGGCUUCUGUAGUGGAUAGAGGAGCAGAGGAGAGGUUAUUGAAAGGAGAUAACGACGAAUUCAAGAAGGAAGCAAGGAAGGAGAAGAGAAAAGGUUAUUUUAGUGAUGAGAGUGAUGAGGAGGAUUGACAGUUCUUUUGAUGAAAAAUUCGAGCUUUUAAGCUUGUUUUCGAAGUUGAGGAAUGGUUUUCGAUGGUGUUAAGUGAAGCAGCGUGCUUAGUGUUGAUGUCUUAUCCUCAACACUCCAUCCAGAUUGUGCCCCUCUCCUUUUGGAGCUUUAGAGCGAGCACCAGGAUGAUACGUUGAGAAUAGAGGGAGAUAGAAGACUAAUACAGAAGGAUAGUGAACAAUUAACAUCCCUGAACUUUUAUCACAUAAUGUAGGCGCCAAACAUGUGUUUGGGUUCACAACAUAUGCAUAUACUUGUAUAGAAUUAUGAAUCAUGCUUGUUGAUUGGAAAUUGCAUUGUGUUGUUGGAACAA